AUGAUGUUCGGGUCAAACAUGAGGUUAGUGACGGUUUGUGACGAUGUUCACCUACAACGGGUUAUGGCGAUGGUGAUUGUGGGCGGUGGUAGCGGGUUGGGGCUGUGGUGGUUGAUGGGGAUUGUGGGCGGUGGUGGUGGCAGGUGGUGCUUAAGGGUGGUGGACGAUUGUCCUAUUAUCAGAACUCCUCUUUCAGAUAUCUCAAAUGUUGAUUCACCUGCUGAAAGACGUAAGCUUCGAAAAAUAAUACUUGAUAACAUGAGAUCAAAGAAAUCGUCAUCAUCAACAAAUGUUCCUAACAUAUUGCCUGAGAACAUAAGUUCGCUGCAGUCUUCUAAUAAUAACAAGAGAUCAAAGAAAUCGUCAUCAUCAACAAAUGUUCCUAACAUAUUGCCUGAGAGCAUAAGUUCGCUACAGUUUUCUAAUAAUAACAAGAGAUCAAAGAAAUCAUCAUCAUCAUCAACAAAUGUUCCUAACAUAUUUUCUGAGAACAUAAGUUCGCUGCAGUCUUCUAAUAAUAUUGAUCGCAACAUAUACUCCUUUUCUCCUCAUAGAAAUUUAGAAAAUAUGUUGGUUAAGACAUAUAGGAUGGUCAGAGACCAUUUUCACAAAUCCCCAGAGGCCAACCUUAAACUCCGUCUUAUGUAUAAAAGAGAAAAAGAUGGCAGAAUAUAUAACUUACCAACCACGUCUGAAAUUGCUGCUUUGGUUGUCGGAGACAUAGAUAAAGCUAUAGAUCAUCGUGAUAUUCUUGUGGAGACUCAGUCUGGAAUGCUCCAGCGUAUUAGUGAAUUACAUCCAUCAUAUCUUGCUUUGCAAUAUCUGUUGCUAUUCCCAUAUGGUGAUGAUGGAUAUAGAAUUGAUAUUCCCCAUAGAGAUUUCAUUGCGACACAAAAGAAAAUAAAGCCAAAGUGCACCAUGAGAGAAUUUUUUGCAUAUAGGAUCCAAGAUAGAAAUUAUAGUUUUUCCUUAAUUCUUAAUGGAAGAAGGUUGUUGCAACAAUUUUUGGUUGAUGCAUAUACUAUGAUCGAGAGCGAGAGACUACAUUUCAUUCGGAGACAACAAACAAAACUUCGAUCAGAGACAUUUAAAAAUCUUCAGAAGCAUAAAGCUAAAGGUAAACAAACUUUAAAAGACACUGGAAAGGCUGUUAUACUACCUUCUUCAUUUACUGGAGGUGCAAGAUUCAUGCAACAAAACUACCUUGAUGCAAUGGCCUUAUGUAAGUCGUUCGGGUAUCCAGAUUUCUUCAUAACUAUAACUUGUAAUCCAAAAUGGCCAGAAGUAAAGAGAUUUCUAAAAGAUUCCACCAUCAAAGCUGAAGACAGGCCUGACAUAUUGUGUCGAUUGUUUAAAAUUAAGCUUGAUUCCAUACUCAAAGAUUUGAAGGAUUCCAAUUAUCUCGGUGAGAUUAAUGCUGUUGUUUAUACGGUAGAAUUCCAGAAGCGUGGUCUUCCUCAUGCACAUAUAUGCUUAUUUAUGAAUGUCGAUCACAAACUUCCUACUGUAGAUCACAUAGAUCCAUUCAUAUCCGCUGAGAUUCCUGAUAAAAAUGAAGAUCCGGAACUUUAUUCCUUGGUAAGUGAUUAUAUGAUUCACGGUCCAUGUGGAAAUGCUAAUUUGAAUUGUCCUUGCAUGGUUGAUAAAAGAUGUUCAAAAAGCUUUCCAAAGAAAUUUUCACCACAUACAACUGUUGAUUCAAGUGGUUUCCCCGUAUACCGAAGACGAGAUUCCGGUCACACAGUUAUAAAAUCUGGUGUUAGUUUGGACAACAGAAGCGUUGUUCCAUAUAACAAAAGGCUUCUAAAAAGAUAUCAAGCACACAUCAAUGUAGAAUGGUGUAAUCAAUCUGGUUCAGUUAAAUAUUUGUUCAAGUACAUUAAUAAAGGCCCUGAUAUGGCUACUGCGGUUGUUUCUGGUGUUUCAAAUCCAACCAUUAAGGAUAAGCCAAGAGAUGAGAUCAAGGAAUAUUAUGAUUGUAGAUAUAUUUCAGCUUGUGAGGCAUCAUGGAGAAUAUUCUCAAACGAGGUUCAUUAUAGGUAUCCUGCAGUUAUGAGGCUUCCCUUUCAUAUGCCGGGUCAACAGAAUGUUGUGUAUGGUGCGGAUGACGAUAUUGAUAAUAUGUUAAGCAAGCCUUCUGUUACUUCUUCAAUAUUUGUUGAAUGGAUGAAAUUAAACGAGUCAGAUGAAAAUGCUAGAAAGUUGACUUAUGUAGAGUUUCCUUCCAAAUUUGUUUGGAAACCUCAAGAUAGAUCUUGGCAGGUACGUAAGACGUACCAAACUGUUGGCCGUAUACAUUCUGUGUCUCCUGCAUUAGGCGAACCUUAUUUUUUGAGGAUACUUCUGAAUAAAGUUAGAGGUCCCAGAUCCUUUGAGGAAAUACGUACUGUUAACGGUCAGUUAUUCCCGACUUUUAGAGAUGCUUGCUACGCAAUGGGGCUCUUAGAUGAUGACAAUGAAUAUGUUGAGGCCAUUAAAGAAGCAAGUUUUGAAGGACAUGCUGGGUAUCUCCGAGCGUUAUUUGCUACCUUGCUGUUGUCCAAUACACUUUCACGGCCAGAGUUUGUGUGGGAGAACACGUGGAAAUACUUAGCAAUGAUAUUUUAUACAGACGUCAAAAAGAAACAAAUAUUCAAGGUUCUUAGCUGUUUACUUCUUCCUGAACAUCAAAUUAAAAACCUUACUUUGUUGGAAAUUGAAAAAUAUUUACUUUCGAAUGGUUCGUCGUUACGAGGAUUUAACACGAUGCCUUUCCCUGAUGAUGAUUCGUUACGUGAUGCUACUAAUCAUCUAAUCAAUGAAGAGCUAUCACAUGACGUAGAUCAAGUACAAGCUGAGUUUAAUAAUUUGCAUCAAUGUUUGACAGAUGAACAACGAUCUGUUUUUGACGAAAUAAUGGCAGCAGUUGCAAGCCGUAAAGGAGGGUUAUUUUUCGUCUAUGGUUACAGUGGAACUGGAAAAACGUUUUUAUGGAAGACUUUGUCUUCAGCAGUUCGAUGUAGAGGUGAGAUAGUUUUAAAUGUUGCUUCAAGUGGCAUUGCUUCGUUAUUACUUUCUCGUGGAAGGACAGCCCAUUCUCGCUUCCAUAUCCCAAUUAAUCUCACUGAAGAUUCCAUGUGUCAUAUUAAGCCAAAUAGUGAUAUCGCGAAAUUAUUAAAGGAAACUCAAUUGAUCAUAUGGGACGAAGCACCGAUGGUCCAUAAACAUGCCUUUGAAGCUUUAGAUAGGACGAUGUCUGACGUAUUUUCUGACGGUAGGAGUAUUCGUUCUGAUGUUCCGUUUGGAGGGAAAGUUUUUGUAUUCGGCGGUGACUUUAGACAAAUCCUACCAGUUAUUCCUAAUGGUACUAGACAACAAAUAGUUUGUGCUUCUUUAAGCUCUUCAUAUAUAUGGUCAAAGUGCAAACUGUUAAGGUUGACUAAAAACAUGCGCCUAACAAUUGGAGCUGAAAGUUCUCAUAUGGACUCUAUCAGGGAUUUUGCGAAAUGGCUGCUUGAUAUUGGUGAAGGUAAGUUGGGAGAUGAUAACGAUGGUGAAGCAAUUAUUCAGAUACCAGAUGAUCUAUUAAUCACCGAUAAUUCUGAUCCAAUACUAAGUUUAAUUGACUUCGUCUACCCUUCAAUUAUGGAACAAUUUCGGAAUCCUGGUUUUUUUUCUGAGCGAGCAAUUCUAGCACCAAAAAAUGACGUAGUUCAUGAAAUUAACGAUCGAUUGCUUUCGUUAUUUCCAGGUGAUGCUAAAGAGUAUUUGAGUUCCGAUAGCAUAUGUCAAACUGAACAAAUGCUUGAUUCAUUUCAAGAAGGUUUAUACUCAACAGAGAACUUGAAUGCUCUUAAGAUUUCUGGCUUGCCUAAUCAUAGAUUAGUUCUUAAAGUUGGUGUUCCUGUCAUGCUUCUCCGAAACAUUGAUCAACAAAAAGGUUUAUGUAACGGUACAAGGCUAAAAAUUACUUUUCUAGGGAAACGGGUAAUAGAAGCUGAAGUGAUAUCUGGCGGUAAUAUCGGCACAAGAGUUUUUAUUCCAAGACUUAAUAUGAUUCCGUCAGACAAAAAAAUACCAUUUGAAUUCCAACGAAGACAAUUUCCUUUAUCAGUUUGUUUUGCCAUGACAAUUAACAAGAGUCAAGGACAAUCCUUAUCAAAAGUUGGUCUGUAUUUGAAAGAUCCUGUGUUCACUCAUGGUCAGUUGUACGUUGCAUUAUCAAGGGUCAAGACCAGAGAAGGAGUUAAAAUAUUGAUAUUUGAUGCCGAUGGAAAACCAACAAAUAAGACGUCUAAUGUCGUCUAUAAAGAAGUCUUUGGUAGCUUAUAA